AUGAGGAAGAGGCUGGACUUCGAGCUCUGCAUGUACAUUGCGAUAUGGUAUUUCUCUUCCGUCGUCUGCACCAACACCACCAAGACCGUGAACUUACACUGGGCGCUCCUGACCCUGACGCAGCUGAGCCUGUCGGCCCUGUGCGGGUUCCUCAUGAUCUUCGUCUUCGGGUUCAUUCCCUACAGGCCGCUCACGAACUUCUACCAGCUCCGCUACACAGCCUUCGUCUCCUUCUGGUUUGUGGUUGGCUUCGUCACCCUCAACGAGUCGAUCCGCAUGAUGAGCAUCUCGAUCGUGAUGACGUAUCGCGCCGCCGAGCCUCUCUUCACCAUGGUCCUCUCCUUCUACCUCAACAAGAAGGAGAAGCUGUCUUGGCUCAAGAUCGUGUCUCUCGGGCCCAUCAUUGUGGGAGCGAUCUUAUCCUCGUUGUCACAGAAGCAGGCUACAUACAGGGGCAUUCUCACCGUCACUCUCUGCAACCUCUCGUGGGCCCUGAUCAGGAUCUACACGAGGAGGCUGAAGCAGGAGUACUCGCUCGAUGCCUGUAACUUCUUCUUCCAGAUCUCGUACCUGGGAGCUUGCCAGCAAGCUCUUGUCCUUUUGCUCCUCUCUCCUCGCAUCAACCAGCUCGACGAGGUCAGCGGUCACUUGCACGCAGACGCUGGAUUUGCGCUUCACCUUCUCAUCAAUGGGCUGACGUUCUUCCUUUACCUUCAAAUGUCGUGGCUCGUUCUGGCCAGAGUGUCGGCGGUGACUCACUCUAUCAUCAACUCCCUCCGCCUCCCCUUCCUGUGUGUGUUUGGGUGGUUGCAGUUUGGAGAGAAUCUUUCUAGUAUCAACAUGCUGGGGAUAGCAUUGGCAUCAGUUGGAGCAGUGCCAUUCUUUGUUAUCAAGGACAAGAGGUAA